AUCCAAUUAGUUGUCCUAUCUCUCCCUCAUGUAUCUUUCUAAACCUUUGACACACUUUCAAAAAGUUCAUUCCUAAACUAUUCAUCUACAAGCACUUUUGUAUACUGAUACAUACAUAUAUACACAUGUACUGUAUAUAUAUACAAAUAUUAUGUGUAUGAAUGCGAAUAGAUAUUGAAAAAUGUCGUGUCUGUUACCGCAAUUCAAGUGCCUUCCGGACACUUUCUCCUUCCAUUUCAAAUCCCACCUCCAGCCCACUAGCCAACUCCCAAAAAGUAGAGAGCCUAUCUAUUUUCAGACACAAUGCCUUUUAUCUACUGCAUCACCACCAACAUCAACCGCAACAACUACGGUGCUUGAGAUGGAAAAGUUGCGAUUACUGUCUUUAGAAGCUCAUUCAAAUCCAGUUACUGCAGACAGACCAUGGACAUAUAUAGGCACAAUUGGUUCACCCACAGAGUCAAACUUUGGAGCAAGUUUGGCUACGGAAACUCUUCUUACAAGUGAAGAGGCUAUUAUAGCUGCUGCUGCUGCCAAAGCAGUUGCUCUAGCAAAAGCAGCUGUCAAUGUUGCAAAGGACGCAGCAAAGAUGGUUAGCCAUAACAGCUCAACAAAAUUGGAUGCUGAUACCCUCCUAUUUGAUAGAGCACAGCUUGAAGAAAUAAGACAAGUUGGUGUAGCUGAUUUGGAGGAGAACUUUUCAUUGCAAUACCCUAUUAAGGAAGAUGAUUUGGAGCCAAUGAGUGAGGAACUUGAACUUCUUCAGGCACAAAUCUCAAAUGAUAUAGCUGUGAGAUCAAGGCGUCAAACAGAACGAAAAGCCAGAAGAGCGAGAGCAGCAGAGAAGGCUGUGGCCAACAUUGUAUCUGUGAAAUCAAGUUCUGCAAGCCGAAAAAAGCAUAGUUCUUUACAAGAUGUAGACUACUCUGAUCCAUUACAUUACUUGAGGGGAACUACAAGUAGCUCAAAGCUUCUCACGGCUACUGAAGAACAGGAAUUGUCGGAAGGAAUUCAGGACCUCCUGAAAUUGGAAAAACUCCAAGUGGAACUUGCUGAAUCUUGUGGUGGUCAGCCCACCUUUGCACACUGGGCUUCAGCAGUAGGUGUUGACCGGAAGACCCUGAGAAAGCGUUUAAAUUAUGGUAUCCUUUGCAAAGACAAAAUGAUUAAAAGCAACAUACGUCUUGUUAUUUCAAUUGCAAAAAAUUAUCAGGGAGUUGGGAUGAAUCUCCAAGAUCUUGUUCAGGAAGGUUGUCGAGGCCUUAUACGAGGUGCAGAAAAGUUUGAUGCUUCGAAGGGGUUCAAGUUCUCAACUUACGCUCAUUGGUGGAUUAAACAGGCAGUUCGGAAGUCGCUUUCUGAUCAGUCCAGGACAAUUCGCUUACCAUUUAACAUGGUUGAGGCGACUUAUAGAGUGAAGGAGGCCAGAAAGCAGUUAUAUACUGAAAAUGGAAGACAACCUGAUAAUGAAGAAGUUGCCGAAAAAGCAGGGCUCUCAAUGAAGAGGCUUCAUGCAGUACUCGCAACCCCUAAAGCUCCAAGAUCUCUUGACCAAAAGAUUGGAAUCAACCAGGAUCUCAAACUUUUGGACGUGAUUGCAGAUCCUGAAGCGGAAACAUCAGAAGAAUUGUUGAUUAAGCAAUUUAUGAAGAAGGACCUCAAGAAGGUGCUCGACACACUCGGCCUGAGGGAGAAACAAGUAGUAAGGUGGCGGUUUGGGCUCGAAGAUGGAAGGAUGAAGACAUUGCAAGAGAUUGGGGAGUUAAUGGGCGUGAGCAGAGAGAGAAUCCGGCAAAUUGAGUUGUGUGCAUUCCGAAAGUUGAAGAACAGAAGGAGAAUCAAACAUUUGCAGCAGUAUUUGGUUUCAUGAGCCCCGGGCAGGUCGAAAAUUCAGAUAUACUUGUCCUGAAGAAUGAACUAGCUUUUCAAGACUCUAAGCUUCGUUCCUUUUUUUUAUUUAUUUAUUUCUUUUUCUUAUUCCAUCAAUUUCUGAGAAUGUUAGGAAUUGUUUGUUCAUAGAAAAACAAAAAGUUUUGAAAUCAAAGCACUUCCAAUUUUUUUUUUGAAUUCGUAAUUAAAUUUUGAAUUUGCUA